GCGCUGAAUUGUGUAUGAUAGAUGAGCUUGUGAGCAGUAGGCAUUUUCGGUGAAUUUUUUUCUUUCAAUCACGUCGCCAUAUUAUAACUCGUGUCGUAGAUUCGUAGCUUUCACUUUGUUGUAAGUGUAAAAUGGGCGAUUAUUCCUCAGUGGCUCCACCUCAAUCGCAACAGAACUUUAGUCAAUCAUCUGCAUUCGCAGCGGCGCUCCAACGAGCAAAACAGAUUGCUGCUAAAAUACAUCCAGGAAGUCAACAAACGACAGGUACCAAGCGCCCUAUGGAAGACGACUCCGGUCCAGACGCAAAGAAAUUCAGUAGCCCAGACUCAACUUCGUCAGGUGGAGGCGUUCCACCCGCAAAUAUGUCUCAGGCAAUGGCCCAAGCGGCGGCUGUAGCUGCCAGAAUUGCAGCAACGGCGGGUAAUACAGUCGAAGAGCAGAUUCGAUACCCGGACAAUAUGAUCGGAAUGAUGAUGGCGCGCGGCGUCAACGAUAAGGUGUCGCAGAUUCAGGCGGAGACGGGUUGCAAAGUGCAGAUGUCGAACGAAUCAGACCGGAUGUGUAUCUUGCGCGGUUCUCGGGAAGCAGUCACGAAGGCUCGGGAGAUGGUGCAGCAAAUGGCCAACCAGAGCGGCGGGGGAUCGGUGGAUGUGCUGUCAACGGUGACUAUUCCACCACCAGGAGCGAAUGGCUACCCUCCGUACCAGGAAAUCAUGGUGCCCGGACCGAAAGUAGGACUUGUGAUCGGGAAAGGUGGCGAGACGAUAAAGAUGUUGCAGGAGAAGACGGGAGCUAAGAUGGUGAUAAUUCAGGACGGACCGAACCAGGAAUUAAUUAAACCGCUCCGGAUAUCUGGUGACCCGCAAAAAGUCGAACAUGCUAAGAGUCUUGUGUUUGAACUAAUUCAGGACAAAGAGCAGUUCCGCGGUGGCGGGGCAUCGGGCGGCGAACAGGCAGAAGUGUUCGUCCCAAAAAUAGCGGUCGGGGUCGUUAUUGGCAAGGGCGGCGAUAUGAUUAAGAAGAUCCAAGGAGAAACGGGUUGCAAGUUGCAAUUUAUCCAGGGCAAAAACGACGGCCCGGGAGAUCGGCGAUGCAUCAUUCAGGGCACGCGACAACAGGUCGACGAAGCGAAGCGUAUGAUUGAAGAGUUAAUUGAUAGUGUAAUGAGAAAUAAUCCCGGGCAGAGGCAACAAAAUCAACAAGGCGGUGGCCCAAUGGACAAUGGCAAUUCUGCCUACGGUUAUGGUUACGGCGUAAAUCAUACACAGCAACCUCAGCGGGAAGAGGUUACAUUUGCAGUGCCAGCGUCAAAGUGUGGUAUUGUUAUUGGUCGAGGCGGCGAAACUAUUAAACUUAUCAACCAGCAAUCCGGAGCUUACUGCGAAAUGGAUCGUAGCGCUGUGAAUCCACCGUCCGAGAAAAUGUUCAAAGCUAAAGGCACUCCGGAACAGAUCGAGCAUGCACGACAAAUGAUCUCAGAGAAAAUCAACGUUGACAUCACGAUUCUUACCCGGAAACCCAUCGGAAACGCUCCGAAUCAUGGCGGUCCAGGCGGCGGUCAAGGGGGCUACGGUAACAUGCAGAACGAUCCAUCUGCGCAGCAAUAUCAGCAGCAAUGGGGCUACGCUCAGGGCUGGGAUCAAAGCCAACAACAACAGUCUGUUCAGAUGAAUUCGUCUGCAGGACAACCAGAUUAUUCACAGCAAUGGAUUGAGUAUUACAAGUCGAUGGGAAUGCAUCGUGAAGCGGAAAUGAUCGAGCAGCAAUUGAAAGCAAAACAAGCCGGACAACCAGGGGCAAUGCCAGGAGCAGCAACGAAUGGAGCAUCGGCACCGCAUGCACAACAAAUGGCCGGAGCCCAUAUGCAGCAGGCUCAGGGCGGACAAUCGCAAGACUAUAGUGCCCAAUGGGCUGAAUAUUACAGAAGUAUAGGCAAAAAUGAGGAAGCAGAGGCAAUAGAAAAACAAAUUCAAGCUCAAAAGGCUGCAACAGGUUCCAAUCCACAAGGGCAGCCACAAAGCGCAGCAGCACCACAACCUCCUCAGCCGGGUUAUCCUCAGCCAACUAUGCAACCGGCUGCUGCCUACGCACAAUAUUCACAAUAUUAUGCAGCGGCAGCAGCCGCUGGUCAAGGAGGCUACCCACAAGCUUAUGGAGCUUAUGGUGCUUAUCCAGGUGCAGCGCCUCAACAGGCUCCACAACCUCCUCAACCAGCACCGGGUGGACCUGGAGGCAACCAGCAGCAAUCGCAACAACAGCAAAAUGAUAAGAACUGAAGCCAAUUUGAGAGAGCGUAAAUAUGGUGGACGGUGUGUCUAGAGCACUGCGAUGGCUUCACAUAUUCAAAUUGAUAUCAUUUGAGAGAUGAAGUGCAUCGGAGGGCACUGUAGUGUUCGCUUGGCUUAUCCUCUGCAAGGUACAUUUAUUACAUAUAUUUUUUUUUAAAACGAGUUAAAAUAUUUGUGCAUUUUUAAACUAUUGAGUUAGCAUUCAUAAAUCCAGAGCCUUUUACUUAACUUCAUAAAAACUUGUAAUUAAUUUACUACAAUAAUAGUGUGUAACUUGUGGAUAGAAAGUUUAAUGGCGUAUUAUCACAGCAUUUUGAUGCCCCUCCUUGAUUAUUGCAUCGUCUUAAAAGAAGAAAAAUUGAAAUAUUUUCUAGGCAUGGUUGUAUUUUCAUUGAGUUUGUCUAACCAGGUUAAAAUUCAACGUAAAUUGAUUUCACAAACUUAUUUUCACAACCUUUAUACGUACACACGUGGAUCAAGUUAUAUACGUGUUGUACUCAUGGGACAGCAUUACUUUGGCAAGUUUUUCUGAUUUCAUGCUACACUUGCGUCGGUAUACGGCGUCUUAAUUGUUGAACUUUUGAAUUUUGGGUGAUUGAUAUAUUUUUAAAUUAUACAUGAAGUGGAAUUGUCAUAUAUUUGCAAACUUCCAAGGAAGCUUGAAAGCAUAUUCAGAAUCAGAGUUAAGUCUCAAAUCGAAUAUUUUCCGCUUGACCGUAGCAUUUAUAGAUCUGAAUAUGGAAGAAAAGCAGUGAAACAACUCUCUUUGCCGAAGAUUUCAGUUAGGGUAUUGCAUCUUUCUUUGUGUUUGUCAUGAGAGAUGGAUGGAUGGAGAAUGAGAAAUUUUGUAGUUUUCUGGUAUGCCAUCGCGCCUACUUUAUCAUAAUAUUUCUGAUGUGUUUUUCGGAGUGAAGUCAUCUCGUUUUGGAACCACUUUUCCGAACUGCUGCAACUUGGGUAUUUGAAAGUAUGAUCUGUAAGGCGUCAUCGACAAAAAGUUUGAGUAUCUAGCCAAAAAUGAUGCAUGCCAUUUCAAUUGCGACAAGGACGAGAUCUCUUACAUUCUUGCACAAUAUUGUUCGAUGCAAUUCAGUCACAUAAAUUCCUUCGAAGGAAAUAGAAACUGAAACAUAGCGUGAAGCGAAGUUUGAUGUUUGGAAACAUUCGUGUGAAUUUCAAGAAUACCAUAAUGCUGCUAAUAUAUUUGUUUUUUGUUACCUUCAUUGAAUAAUUGAGAAAUUUUCUACUGUAGAAGUUCGGUCGAGUGUUCAUUGUAAACUUGUCAAAAAUUUGGCAACGUCAAUUCCACUGUUAUCUAUGUUGUUUUGCCCGAUUGGUUAUAAUUAGAAAAAGACGAAUCUUUCCAUUAUUGCCGAAAGUAUUUUUUAUUUUCAAAUAUGAAUAUUUUGAAGAUUAGUUGAUUCAGUCGUCUCUAUGUCACUCGUAAAUAGCUGAGGUUUUGAAGUGUGUGUGACCAUUUUGAAAUACAACCCUACCGGCGAACAUUUCUCACACUGUACGUGGUGCGGAUGGUAAAAUUACCGACGCAAGGCUCGAAUUUGUGUGGCAAAAAAACAGAGUUAAAUAGGGCGGGAUUAAUUCAAUCAGAUGCGUUCUGUACAUCCUCCCAUAGAAGGAUUAGUUGAUAUGAGUCCAUGUGAUUGUAAACACAUUGCUGCAUGUAUUAUAAUGAAUCUCUUUUCAAGCCGACUGUUAAAUCGGAUGGGUAGUUGUGAAAACUGUACAUUUUUGCUGCUUAAAUAAUUGUAACAAUAUAUCGGAGAACUGUGAUAAUGAAUUGCAAUUCAAAUGAUAUCAGAACUGUCAACUGCUAUACGAUACACCAUGCAUGUAAGGGAUGCGCAAAACGCAUCUACGCAUUUGAUUGUGCCAGAAGUUACCUCUUAGCAUGGAAAACUUUUUGCCCAUUGUUAGUUUCGAGUGUACUCUCCUGUGUAUAGUUUUCUUGCUCCGGAUCUAAUUUACCAAUUACGAUGAAGUUUUUUCGCUGUUGUCAGCAAAGUGUGCAUAUUUGCCGACGUUGUAGUUUUAUUUUAUCAAAAUGAUAUUAAAGGAGAUGACAAAAAACUAUGGAAAGGAUUUUUCGUGAAAAUGGGAACUAUGUUUUUUGACAUCAUCAUGUGCCUCAUUUACUUCUCAAGAAGAAGGAGGCGGUUGAAAUGAGAAAAGCAGGGAUCAAGCGCAGUUGAUUGGAUGGACGGCGGAAGAAGUAUAACCGUCUUGUCCAAAAUUUCUGCCUAGCAGCAUUUAUUCAGCUGGAAAAUUCGGCGGCAUCGCCCAGAUGAUCUCCAAUUUCGAUUUCGUCGUUUGGAAUAGUUUAUAUUCAUUGUACAUUUUUUGAAGUAAACAAUUCUAUAUACAAUGACUGCUUGAGUAUAAACUGACACAUUUCUACACACCGAAUUAAAUAUCUCCCAGCGUUUUCAUUAUAUUUUACCUUCAGGUAAAGUUCACAUGAUUGGUAUUGUAUUAUCUUUCAUUCACCUGAAGAAAGUUCACCGGAUAUAUUUUUGAAAGCUAAAUAUAUUUUCAUUUCCAUCACCUCUCGCAUUUCGAGAACAUAAUUUCGAACUGCACGAAGGAACCAGAUAAAACCGAUCAAAUUGUUGUGAAUACUAUUUUAUCUUAAAUGAUAUUUCAGCACACAACCAACUUGCGAAGUAGCAAAUUGUUCAGCUGUCUGAUUGCAGGCCAGGCGUUCAAUAGCAUGGUAAGGUAAAUCUAGAUCAGUAAAAAUACGUUGAGUGUAUAAUCAAAUCUGCAAAUAUAACAAUUUUCAAAUAAAUAACAUGAGUAUAUGGAAUCAAAUGCUUAUAUUAUAUUCGUUCAUAUUAAAUUGAUACUAUAAAUAGUCAAUUAACAUAAAAAAACGUGGAGUGCAUCCAUGAGUUGUUUCAAUUUCUGUUUGUACUUAUUUAUGAGAAAUGUAGAAAUGAUUUGAGUGUAAAAUGGAAAAUUUAAAUGAAACUCUUUUGGAUGUUUUAGUGUAAAUUAUCGAUAAACGACAGGAUAAUCAACUGAAGUAUAUUAUUAUAUUCAUUUAUUGAUAUUUUUAUUUUCCCUAAUACAAGCCCAAUAUAACCACUUUCUAUAUUGUAUGACAAAAUAUUUUAUGAUAAGUAAACAUUUAACUGGAAGAAAAAGAAAACAUUGUGAAAUGGAAAACAAAGAAAUUCUGUUUAUCAUUCUUUAGCUCCGUGGUCUUGGGAACUUGUAUCUGAGACUGUGUGAGACAGAGAGGGGCCUGAACCAUAGUUGCGUAGCGAUCCAUACAUCAGUCCUCUUUUUCAAAAUGUUGGCGGGCUCAUUAUCUGCACUAGCACUCAUUCACACCCAAUUUCUGUUGUGCCGGAUUAGAAACUUUUCAAAUUCCGUAUGUGUUUUUAUUAUAUAUAUAUUAUUAUUGCAAAUUUUAUUGAAAUAUAUUUAGCCAAUAUAUAUUACUAUAUAUAUGUAUACCCAUACCUUUAAAUUACAUAAAAAUUUGAGAAUCAGCAGUAAAAUUUCUAUGAUGACCAAUUUAAUAGUUUCCUUUUGAAAAAAAAUGAAUAAAAUAUGGGAACUUCUAACAAUGUCCAUUGUUAAAACUUUAAUAUUUUUAAUGAAAUAUGUUUCUAAAUAAAAUGCACUAGGUUUCGUCUCCUCCGCACAUUCCAGAAACGAAAAAGGUAUAUUUUCCAAUAUAUUGAAAAUAUUUACCAUAUUGAUAUAUUUUUUAUUAUAUUAUUUAAAUCAUUUUAAAAUUUUACACAUAUGGAAUUUUAUAAUGCUAACCUGAAAAUUUUAUAUGUCAAAUAUCUUGUUAAAUAUGAAAUUUUGUGCGAAAUUGAAUAGUGCUUUCGCACAGAAUGUAUGUCCCAUUUCCCUUACACUGUUGUUCAGGCUCAAAAUAAAAAGAAAUCAUGUACAGCUCUUUCUUUUGAUGGCUCUUCCGGUCUACUUAUAUUGUAGUUAAGAUCUUCGGCAUCCCUUGUAAGUUUGGCUUACAAGCUGGAUUAGAAAUAAUAAACGGAAAAUAGGAUAAAUUA